AUGAGCACUACCGACGAUGAUAGUGGCGGUAGCUCGAGCGAUGGUGGUUUUGCACGGUCGCCUAGUUGGAAGUCGUCGGAUGAUGAUUUAACAGAUAGUGAUGUUGAAAUUGUACAAGUGCGAUCCAAAAAAGCUCGCCGCCGCUUGAGUACAGAUAGCCCUGCGAGGCACGCCACAUCUGAUCUCGAUAGCAUGGACGAAAUGGCCGAAACGAUAGAGAGUUCUAGAGCGGUAUCCGAGUCGGCAGCAACCUCUCCACCUGAAGUCGAAGCGGAAGCUCCGGCGCCGCCGCCGGUUCGAAGAAAACGCAAAACGCCGGCCAAAAAAAAAGAUCCGAACGAUAAGAGAACAAACGUACAGAAGCAAUUCGAUAGAAUGGAAGGUGGGCUCAAAGAGUUCCACCCAGAGCUUCGUACUGUUUUCGAGGACCUUGCGUCUCUGCCCGAGCGAGAAGUCUGCGAAAUGGAUCAGCCCGAAGAACUAAAAUGCUCCCUUUUGAGGUUUCAACGUGAGGGCUUGUACUGGCUCAUAAACCAAGAGCAAGGUAUUUAUCAUGGCGGGAUUUUAGCUGAUGAAAUGGGAAUGGGGAAAACUAUUCAAACAAUUGCUCUUUUCCUAUCCGAUAAAGAGCGGGCAGGUCCGAUUCUGGUUAUUGCGCCCACUGUCGCAGUUAUGCAAUGGAAAAAUGAAAUUCAGCAAUACGCAGGUGACAAUUUUUCUAUCCUAAUUUUCCACGGCUCAAAUAGGCCCAAAAAUGCUGCUCAGAUAAGGGAACAUGAUAUCAUUUUAACUACCUACGCAGUGAUGGAGUCUUGUUGGCGCCGCCAGCAAAGUGGAGUCGUUCGUCAAGAUCGCAAAGUCUACGAGAAAUCACCCCUUCAUUCCAUUACUUUUCACCGGGUUGUUCUGGACGAAGCCCAUAAUAUCAAAGAUCGUCAAGCCAGUACCUCCAGAGCAGUUUUCAUGGUUAAUGCAUUGUAUCGUUUAUGUUUGAGCGGCACCCCACUGCAAAACAGAAUUGGAGAGUUGUAUUCUUUACUCCGUUUUUUAAGGGUUGAACCGUUCUGCAACUACUACUGUACCAGGUGCGAUUGUGCUUCCAGUGAAUGGAAAUUCGCAAGGCAAAAAUGUACAUCGUGUGGCCAUGUGGUUAUGCAGCAUGUCAACUAUUUCAAUCAUUCACUCUUGAAACAAAUUCAGCGUAUGCCUGACCAGCAAUCAGUGGCCAUGAGCAAAAUGAGACUUUUGCUGAAACAAAUCAUGCUACGGCGAACAAAGGUAGAGCGAGCCGACGAUCUCGGUCUACCACCGCGUGUCGUUAACGUUCGAAGGGACUAUUUCAACGAAGAAGAGAAGGACCUGUAUGCAAGCGUGUUUAGUGACUCCCGACGAACAUUUUCCACAUAUGUGAACCAAGGUGUGGUGCUCAAUAAUUAUGCGAAUAUCUUCACGCUGAUCACCCGUAUGCGUCAAAUUGCAGACCAUCCAGAUCUAGUACUUCGACGUGCAACAGAUGACAAUGUCCAUAUGGAGGGUCUUGUUUGCCGCUUGUGUGAUGACGAGGCUGAAGAUGCUAUCCGCUCCAAGUGCCAUCACUUAUUCUGUCGGAUGUGCAUUAAGGAGUACAUUGAGGGCUUCACAGGUGCAGAUGACCAACUCGAGUGCCCGGUCUGCCAUGUCGGCCUGACUCUUGAUCUCACCGCCCCAGCAAUCGAAAUAGGUGAGGAGAUCUCUCAAAAAGCUUCGAUCGUCAAUCGUAUUCGUAUGGAUAAUACUUGGAGAUCUUCUACCAAGAUCGAAGCUCUUCUCGAGGAGCUUUUCAAACUUCGAGGCAACAAGCAAACAAUCAAAAGCAUUGUGUUCUCUCAGUUUACAUCGAUGUUGGAUCUUGUUGAAUGGAGACUAGCCCGCGCUGGUUUUAAGACCGUCAAGCUUCAAGGUUCCAUGUCCCCCACUCAGCGAGAUAGCAUCAUCAAACACUUUAUGGAAACACCCAGCGUCGAGGUCUUCUUAGUUUCUCUCAAAGCUGGUGGAGUCGCUUUGAACCUUUGUGAAGCCUCCCAAGUGUUUCUUCUUGAUCCGUGGUGGAACCCUUCAGUCGAGUGGCAGAGUGGUGAUCGUGUACAUCGCAUAGGUCAACAUCGACCUGUCACAAUUACUCGAUUGGUGAUCGAAGACAGCAUUGAAAGCCGUAUAAUCGAACUACAGGAGAAAAAAGCUAAUAUGAUCAAUGCAACAAUAGGCGCUGAUGAUGCUGCAUUGAACCGUCUCUCUCAAACGGAUAUGGAAUUUUUAUUCAACAACUAG